UGCUACUAUUGACAUUUCUAAAUGGUGAAAUAAUGCCAUUCAUCACAAAUUUCUGAUCAACUAUCUUUCAUAUACAUAAAGAAGUGCCAGAGAAAGAGGAAAGUAGAGGGCUGCAGGCGGAGGUUGCGGGUGACUGUUUGCUUGAGGAUUUUUUUUCUUUUGUUUUAAAAUGCUCACAAUACUUCUUCCGAUCCGAGCGCCCUCUCUCUUCUAUCCAAACGAAUAUGCCGGGAUCAACUGAAGCUCUCAAGUCGUCGGACAUUAUCCUGGACGCUUCUAAGAACAAAGGAUGGCGCAAGUCUGUCUACAUCGCUGCUACCUUGGCUGCUGUUGGUGGUUUUGUUUGUGGAUAUGAUACUGGUGCUGUGGCCGGAAUCUUGUACAUGCCUACAUUCCGAGCCUCAUUCCCCGAGCUUGCCUCGGACGAUCAAUUCGUAUACUUGGAGGGAUUGUUAGUAGCCUUCAUGUUGAUGACUGCUGCCCUGGGAGCAUUUGCCUCAGGUCCUAUUUGUGACAUCAUUGGCCGUAAGCGAGCCAUUAUCCUUGGUUCUUACGUCUUUUCUUUGGGCAUCUUGUUUGAAAUCAUUGGCUUCAAGUUUGGUCUUUUGCUCACUGGUCGAUUGGUUGCUGGCUUUGGCAACGGUUUGAUGACCAAUGCUGUUCCUUUGUACCAUUCGGAAAUUGCUCCCCCGGAUAUCCGUGGUCGUCUUGUCAGUUUGUUCACUGUAAUGAGUUCCUUUGGUCAAGUUGUAGGAUAUUUUGUUACUUUCGGCACCAGCUAUUUGACCACCGCUUGGGGAUGGAGAGCUCCAUGGUUGAUUCAGCUCAUUAUCUGUGUCGUUCUUGGUACCGCUGUUUUGUUCCUUCCUUUCUCUCCUCGCUGGCUUAUCGAUACUGGCCGGGAGGACGAAGGUCUUGCCGUUAUUGCUGAACUUCAAGAGGCUCCAAUGGAUGAUCCUGCCGUCCGCGCCGAGUUCGAUGAAAUCAAGACUGAAUUAGACGCUGAAAAGGCCAUGGGUCAACGAACUUACUCGGAAUUGUUUUACAAGGGCAACCGCAAGAGAACCUUCAUUGCUUUCUUCAUUGCCAUUGCCACUUCGUUCACCGGUAUUGAUGCUAUUCUCUACUAUGGACCUUCCAUCUUUGCUGCUGCCGGUUUGAGUGAUGUAUCUAGCGCCAUUGCUGCUUCCGGUGGCACUGGUAUUGUCUCCCUGUUUGCCACCAUUGUGAGCUUGAUAUUCAUCGACAGAUGGGGUCGCAAGUUCUUGUUCAUCCUCGGUUCUGUCGUUAUGGGCAUCAGCAUGUUUAUCACUGGUGCCAUGUUCCAAGCCUAUGCAUACAUCGAUGAUACCACGGGUGAUAUUGUCAUGACCAAUGAUAAUGCUCGCAACACCAUCAUGGCUUUCAUCUUCAUCUUCAUGGCCGCCUUCUCUCUUACCUGGGGCGUUGCUUCCUACGUUUAUCCGGCUGAAAUUUUCAACAUGCGUUGCCGUGCUAAGGGUCUUGGUUUGGCAUACGGUCUUAACUGGGCAUUUUCCAUCUUGGUUACCUAUUGCAUGCCGUUGUUCAUGGCUUCCACCCUUUCAGGAUCUUACUUCUUCUUCGGAGCAUGCUGUGCUGUUAUGACGGUGGUCAUCUUCUUUAUCCCAGAAACUCGCAACAGAACUUUGGAAUCCAUGGAAGAGAUCUUCCAUGCGUAAGUAUCACCUACCCUACCCUACCCUUAUCCCAUUCCAUCUUCUUUCUACUCUAUUAUUAUUAUUCUUCGUCAUGGCUCGAUGUCUCCAAGCACAUCCAGGUACAGCCAAUUUUUCUUUCACCGAACUUCUAUAAACCAGGCACUAGGGGUGCUUCAAUUCGACGUUUUACGUUGUCUUGCGGCUGAGAUCAU